AUGAGUUUUUAUCAGGCAAAAGCCAUUCUGGACAGAUUUGGAUUAAGCCACGGUGAUACCAAGAAUGUUAAAAGUAAAGAUCAGGCCUCGGAUGCAUCUAAAGAGCAGAAAGGGAAGAAAAGACACCCACAGAAGCAAAGUGGUCAGAGUCAGCCCGAGAAUCAAGAGGACAGCUAUCAGGGCCAAGAGGACUCGGUGCCGGGGGUGACUGCAAACAAGUUUGAACGCACAGCACAACCUGGAUUGGAAGCUCAAGGCCAGCGUUUGCCUUCAACAUUUAUCCCAACUCGACCUCCAUAUACUCCAUAUGAGCCUAAGUGGUAUGACCGGAUACUGGACCUUCUUGUGGGCGAAGAUGAACAAAGCCCCAACUCCCGCUAUGCACUCAUCUGCCAGAACUGUCGCAUGCACAACGGCUUGUGUCAGUUCGGCGAGAAGCCACAGUUUGUUGUAUAUUACUGUCCUCAUUGUGGCAUGCAAAACGGCGAAGAAGAACACCCUGAAGAUGAUCCCAAAGAGUCUAAAGAGGCAGGCCGCCAAAAUGUUAAAGCAGAUGAGGGUAGAUCUGAACAAGAAUCUACCAAGAAAGUUGACGCUGAAAUAGACAUUAAAAAUGGUUACAGGGAAUACAGAGAAGGUAACGGAUCAGAGGAUGAAGCAAACUACCCCAAUGAACCAGUGAACAUAAAGAGAAAGACAUCACAAAAAUCUGUCCGUCAACGUAAAUCUCGGUCUCAAAAAGAGUGA